AUGAAUGGCCACCGCCAGUCGUCCAGUGCGGAAAGCCCCGGUACUGCGAAUGUGAAUGGAAGCGGGAAUAAGAGAAGGGCAGACGAAUCGAAUAGCAACAACAGCGCUCCCCAUACCAGAGCGAAGAGGAAUCGAUAUAUCUCAAUUGCUUGCAACGAGUGCAAGCGUCGGAAGAUCAAAUGCAACGGCAACACGCCCUGCCAGCGAUGCGGGAACCUGAACCUCGAAUGCCAGUAUGCGCCCAACUGCUGCGCGAACGGGUUCAAGGACUCGGAGGAUUUCCGGCAGAUGAACGCGCAGCUGGCCUCGCUGCAAGAGCAGGUCGACAAUCUCUACGCGAACCUCAAUGCUUUGCGCGCCGGCGGGGACGUUAUGGGCUUCCCUCCUCCGUCAGAGAGGUCGCUGUCCAUGUCGCAGCCGCCCGCGCCACAGCCUAUAUCGCCCGCCAACCGACACCGACCAGCUCCCAAACACCCUCCCUUCCGCGGCCCGACGAGCUCGGCGUUCAGUCUGGAUGUUGCGAAGAACACACUGCAUAAUAUGGGGUAUCAAGGUCUGGGGGUGGAUGAAGGCGUGCUGACUCAAGAUGUCACGCCCGUUGCUUCUCCUCCCCGCACAUCACCGCGGCCCUUACUCACUGCCAAUGGCGACCCCCGUAGGGAUCCUAUCUGGGCGUUGAGCAAAGACGAGAUGGUUCGCUUGUGCCGCAUGUAUGAAGAGGAGAUGGGGAUCAUGUAUCCGGUCAUUAACAUUGAGCGAGUGAUCCUCCACGGGACACAUCUGUAUAGCUACGCCGACGCAGCGCUGGGGUCUGGCCUGGCGAACCCUUCUGCCCCCGGUAAAGGGAUUAAUGAUGAGCAGUCGUGUAUUCUUAAGAUGGUGCUGGCUAUAUCUACGGUGCUUGAGGGUGCCGGCCAGAGUGAGAUCGGGUAUAGGUUGUUUCAGAGUGUGAAGGAGUUCGCAGACCGGAUUCUGUAUGACGAAGUCAUCGAGAUCAAGAGUCUCCCCUUUUUGGUGCUUGUGGCCAUCUACCACUUCCACUGCGACGAGGAGGCGUUGGCGUGGCGUAUAAUUGGGCAAGUCGCUCGAAUGUGCAUUGAGUUAGGAUUGCACAGACGAGACUCACUGUUUAAAGCUGUGACGGAUGAGGAGGAACGUUCGACUGCCAUCAGGCUAUUUUGGUCUGUGUAUGUCCUGGAUAGGAGGUGGAGUUUUGGAACGGGAAUGCCAUUUGCACUACAAGAUGCAGACAUUGAUCCAAGCUUACCGGAGCCCGAUAUGAGCCUCCCAUAUCUCAAUGUGAUGAUUGCCUACUCUCGUAUUGGGUCUAAAGUCUGGCGGUCUAUUGGCUCCUUCUCUCCAACCCCAAGCGCAUCUCUGAAUAUUGAAGAGAUCGGAUAUCUCGACUAUCAGACCCUCCAAUGGGCGAAGUCGAUCCCUUCCGAGCUUCAACUUCCCACGGCCUCUUCCUCACAAACCGCCUCUCGCGCCAUCCACCGUCUCCAAAUCCUUCUUUAUCUCCGCGCCAACCAGAUGCGCAUCUUGAUCUACACGCCCGUCCUUCACAGUGGCAGUUCCAUCCAGGAGAACCUCAGUUAUGCAAGCACCGUCGUGGAAUUAGCCAAAGACACCAUCCGCGCACUCACGCAUCUCAAUCAAACCACCGACAUCUACCGCGCCCAACAAGUAUGCUUCAACUAUUUCCUAAUCUCGGCACUCGCCGUCAUCUUCCUGGCCAGCUGCCACGCACCCGUGCAUUUCAGCCCGCUCUGCCGCGAGGAAUUCUACAUGGCACUCGAUCUCGUCAAGGGAUUCAGCAACAAAUCCUUCGUCAGCAAGCGUCUCUGGAAGACGAUCAAAGGGCUCAAGGAGAUCGGGCCCAAGCUCGGCCUCUCGCAGGACCACAACGAGAACCACCACAUGGAAGAUGCGCAUUCCUCGGCCGCGCUGGCCAUGGCUGGGCUCGCGGGCCACGAGAUCUCCGGCUUGAGCAGCGCCUUUGGCCAGGAUGGCAUGGCGGCCAAUGGGAAUAGCCCGAUGAAUGGCUUCCAGAUGAGCCAUGAGAUGACGAAUCUUUUCGAGGCGGCCCUGGGGAGCGCCGGGGUCGGGAAUGGCUCGGGUGCUGGUGGGUAUGCACAGCUCCCCCCUGGUGGUGCGGAUAAUACUGGGAGUAAUGCGUUUGGUGGUGAUGAACAGCUGUAUCGGAAGUUGCGAGAUCUCUUCUGA